CAUUGGAGAUUUUUCCAACAUUUUGAACACGGUUUCCUUUUCUCGGCCAAAGAUUAUUUACUGGUGGAUAAUUGGAUUGUUGAGCAAUGAGCUCAAUGCAAGUUCAAAGUGAGACUUCUUUGAAGUCGGGCACUGUGCUUCCUGACAUACUUCCAGAACCACAAAAGGCAAGUGAGGACCUUGAAUAUGAUAAGGAUAGAGGGGUCGUUUUUGAAAAAGUCAAAAAGUCAAAAUAUAUGACGGACCAGGAGUUAAAGCUGCUUCCUUGGCACAAGAGAAUCAACUGGUUGUCCACUGCCAUUAUUUUUACUCCGCUUAUUUGUUUGUGUCUUGGUAUUCCGUUUGUUAAGUUGCGUUGGCAAACUGCUGUUCUUUUUGCUGUUCAAUAUUAUUUAACCGGUCUCGGGAUUACUGGUGGCUACCACCGCCUUUGGGCCCAUCGUUCAUAUAGAGCAACUUGGCCGGUUGAGGUGGUUCUUGCUUUAUGGGGUGCAGCGGCAUUUGAAGGGUCUGCAAGAUGGUGGGCUAGGAAUCACAGAGCCCACCACCGUUACGUGGAUUCCGACAAGGAUCCCUAUGCAGUUCAUAAAGGUUUUUGGUAUGCUCAUCUAGGUUGGAUGGUGCUAAAACAGGAUGUGAGAAGGGCCGGACGUGUCGAUAUUUCAGAUUUAAAUUCAAAUAGGCUGCUAAGGUUUCAGCACAAGUACUAUCUCCCUAUAGCGCUAACGUUUGGAUUUGUUUUACCUACAGUGGUUGCCUAUCUUGGCUGGGGAGAUGCUUGGGGAGCCCUAGUAUAUGCUUGUUUUGGAAGAAUGUUUUUUGUUCAUCAGGCCACAUUUUUUAUUAAUUCAAUGGCGCAUACAUUCGGUUCACAAACCUAUUCAACCGAACAUUCUUCUUAUGACUCCAUUGUUACUGCACUGUUUUCAUUUGGUGAAGGCUAUCAUAACUAUCACCAUGAGUUUCCUCAUGACUAUCGCAAUGGUGUGAUGUGGUAUCAUUUUGAUCCAACCAAGUGGACUUUACGUUUCUUGAGCUGGUUUGGCUUGGUGAAGCGCUUGGUUCGUUUUUCGAAGAACGAAGUCAAGAAAGCAAGAUUGCAAGUUGAACAGCAGAAUCUCGAAAGACAAAUGAAGCAAUUGGAUUGGGGCAAGCCAAUCGAAAGUCUCCCAGAGAUGACAUGGGAAGACGUUGAAACCCAGGUGGAGAAGGGUUUGUAUCUUAUCAUUAUUGAUGGACUUGUAUACAAUGUGACAGAUUUUCUGCCCAGUCAUCCUGGUGGUAGAAAGAUAUUAGAGUUUUGGAACGGUCGAGAUGCCAGUCGAGCAUUUAAUGGAGAAGUAUAUCGUCAUAGUAAGGCUGCAAGGAAUUUGAUGGCUCAUAUUCGUUAUGCGAAGUUAGUUGAGAAACUUCAAUGAGUUUUGUUUGUGCUUUUUAUGAUGGAGCAGAUUUCAUCUGCCUUGAUGUUAGUUUAUAAGCAUUUUAUUUUGCCAUUUCGAAAGUUAUGGAAAUUCAAUAAAUAUUUCGGGCUUUUUGUACUUUAGGUCAGAUAAUAACGAUUGGCAGACUUUCUGGUAACAGGCAAUACUUUUUGCAUAAAGUCCGAAUUGGUGAACCAUCUACUAUCCACACCCAUCUGUUUUGAUGAGAAUCAUCAUAAUUAGGAAAUGC